AUAAUUAUUAUCGCUUUUGGGACAGGCCGGAAGGAAGCGUAAAGGGUAGGGCGGUGGUUGGUGACAGCAGCAGGCCUCCUUCCUCCUCGCUCGCGGCGCCUCCGCCUAUACCUGUUGCGGCAGGCAACAAGGCAGGCAGGCAGGCAGCAGCGGAGCGCCUUGGUGAUCUACGAAGAGGAUGAAUUCCAGGAUCUCCCUCCUCUGCGCCCUCGUCCUCGCCUCCUCCCUCCUGCACUGCGCCAGAUCCGACGGCAAUGACGCGCAGCUCCUCAAGGGCAUCAACAGCUACAGGUCCUCGCUCAAGGUCCCGGCGCUGUCCGAGAACAAGAACGCGGCGUGCCUGGCCGAGCAGCUCGCGAGGCAGUUCAAGGGGCAGGAGUGCACCAACACGACGGGCGCCAACACCGUCAUCGGCACCGAGCAGCAGUUCCCGGACUACCCCAGGUACCUGGACCGCUGCCACCUCAACGCGUCGGUGACCGAGGACGGCCAGGUGAUGCCGGCGUGCGUGCCGGGCCUCGCCCCCGCCGUCGUCCUCGCCAACUACACCAAGUCGCAGUACAACCGGUUCCUCAACGACAGCCAGUUCUCCGGCGCCGGGAUCGCGAGCGAGGGCGACUGGGUCGUGGUCGUGCUCAGCACCAGCACGGGAUCCGGCGACUACUCGCCGGCUCCGCCGGGCUCCAACUGGGCGGUCUCGGCGGCUCGGCCGUUCGGCUUCGGCCAGCUGGUCCUUUUGUUGGUGGGGUUUGUAGUUUUGCUGGUGAAGUGAGUGUUUAGUACGCAUGCACCAACAUCUUCGUGGCUUAUGUUGUCACGUUCAGGUCUCGUUGGCUUUAUUAAGCUUUUUUCACUUGAAAAGAUUGAUUAC